AGGAACACGAAAAAAAGGCACAAGAUUUCAAGUGCAUGCGCCAGGGGUGUUUACUUGGCUUGACUCUCUCCACAGCAGGAAUUGAGGAGGGGCACAGCGGCCAGCGAGCCCGCCCAAUCCGCGACUCCGCCUCCAUGCCGUGCCUGGCUUUUGCUUGUUUUUCCCGAACCUCCUUUGCAUUCCAAAAGUCAAGACCCAGUGUCCCCACCCUGCUUCAGUCCCCAUCCCCAAGCUUUCUUUUGUCCUUCCCUCGCGUCAAUCGCGGCCAUAUCCCAGCUGCAUUUCUCGGCUUCUUCUUGUUGUUGUUGUUUUUUGUUCCCUCAAGCAUAUCAGGGGAACCCCAUCACGCUCGUUUGUAUAAUCGUUUUAUUUUUUUUGGUGGCCGUUUUGUUUUGAUUCUGGGGCGGUUUUUUUUUUUUUUGCCCCCCUUUCCAUCCUACGAUUUUUGCUCUCUGUGUGAAUUUGGCGCAACAUCCUGGGUAUCCAGGCUCGGUUUGGAACAGCGGUUGCAUUAGCACAGCCGGAUUUCAUCAAACUCUCCCAGCAUUGACUCGGUCUCCCUGGACAGAGUUAAUCGCACGAACGAUUUGAGCACCGACGGGGAUAAUAGCGAAUACCUACACCAGUCCGUCCAUCUGGGAAAUAAUAUUAGCGAGAAGCAACGAAACCAGUCAACCAAACCACUUUUUGUGCCGGGACGCGACAUUGUGGUCUCUAACGGCUUCCCGCACACUGCCGCCCCCUUUUGAUCCAGACCCUCGACCCGAUCCCCACCUUUGUUGCUCUCGGGACCGUUCAAGCGAGACCCGUGCAAGCAAGUACCGCGCCGCCCGAAGACUGUCGUCUCACUUGGUUCAAACGAACGAUCACCUGGUCCAGCUACCUAGGUACCUACGCACAGAGACAAGCGCAAAGACGCACGUCCGGUUGGUUAAUCGACUUUUCUAGCCCGCACACGCACGACGCACGCCUACCAAAUCUACGUUUGACAGCCGCCUUGACGUGUCGAAACAAAAAGGGAGAGAGAAAAAAAAAACACCAUAUCACACAGGGCGAAGAGACUAAGGGUUGUCCGGCGGACGUGACUGGGGAAGACAACCCGACCUGCCCUCAAAGAUCACGACAUUGUUGGGAAAAACAAUUCGACGACAAGCUGCGAAUACCUACAAACGCGUUUUACUGCCGACAACCUCUGUCGGACUGUGAACAUCCCCUGACUAGCCGUACGAUCUGUCUGCUGCACUGUGGAUUUGUCGUGUUACGAAAGCUAUAGUGUGCUGCUAGAGCACAUCCACAACAUUCACCAUGGAAACAUUCGUCCCAUUCUCUACCCUCCCCGCCUGUGCAGGGCAAUGCGGUCCUCUAUUCGAUGCCAACGGAGCCUGCGCACCCGCCGGAGUCACAUCGGCGCCCGCCGCUAUCGCCUCGUGCUUCUGCUCCAACCCGAAAGUCGCACCAUUCAGCGCCGGCACGGCCGGUGUCUGCGAUAACGCAUGCGCCGCCAGCCCGACCGAUUUUGGUAGCAUCCGGAACUGGUUCACGUCAUUCUGCGCGAAUCCGGCCACCGUUACCGGCAUCGGUAGCGGUCAAAAUGGUGCUUCAACCUCAACGGCUGUGCCGGGGCAAAGUAACAAUGGGGAUUGGCUGUCGAGUCAUUGGCAAUGGGUUGUCAUGAUUGUAAUUCUCGUCGUCGGAAUAUCAUGCAUCUGGAUUGGCGCCUGCGUCUGGCGUCGCCGUUACAUACGCAAGAGGGAUCGACAGUACGCGCUUGGCAAGCGUCUAGGCGAAGCCGGUGUUGGCGCCAACGCCGGCCAGCAGGGAACCACAAACUCCGCAAAUGGCAACAUGUCGUCACGGUCCGUCCACGUCCCGUCUGCCGGCAUGUUCGACGCCGCGCCCAUAUCCUCGGCCGCACAUUACGGCCCCGAAACGGAAAAGGAGAAGCAAGCGAGGAUGAAGAAGAAGUGGAACCCAACUGCAAGGACAUGAUGACUCGGUCUUGUCUCUUUGUCCCUCUCACGCAUGCAUCUUUUCCCAUCCUCGAUCUGCGGGGCCCGCAUUUUAAUGAUCUUGAAGUUCUAAAUCGGAGUCGAUGGAGUUUUUUUUUUUCUGAAUUCACCCCAUGUUCCCAUUUUCAGGUGUCUGGUUCUGUCUGGUGGAAAUUUUCCCCUGUUAGAUUCACUUUUUCGUCGACUAACAUACCCCCCCAUUGUUCACACUCUCCACAUUUUUCUCCAUUUUGGCAUUUUGGCGCUGUGAGGAUCGGCGUUGUGUCCUUUACCAUCUUUUGUUUUCAGGCUUCUCAUAAUUGGUGCUCCUAAGAAUUGGGGAGACUUUUGCUCAUCGUUCUUUUUGGCGUCAUCUUGCAAAAAAGGUAGGGGGAAGAAUACUCAUCAGUGCCCCCUUGUGUAUAGCCUUCGUGUUCCCUGGGAUCACCUACGCAAGCCCGCAAAAAAAACAAAAACAAAAAAGACCCGAAGCGAACCGGAGAAAAGAAUAAUAGAGUGCAUCGAGACUAAGCCGCUGAUCCUGUGGCUCGCUUGUCGGGGUCGGUCAAUUUUGUCGACACUAUUCUCGGCGAUCAAUAUAUCACAUUUAUGGAGCUGUUGAACUUUGAUUUCAGUUUUCAGUUAGUCUGGUCUCCGCAAUACGAUUGGUACGGUAUGUCGUCGUCAUCAAGAUUCUCGCGAGUGAUUACUUCUUCCCUGUCGAAGGAAAUCGAAGAGCCUGACUCUCUACACAUCCAUGCACUAAUCCCCAGUUGACCCUAGACAGCAACGGAUGGAUAGUCACACAGAAUAACUUUGACAGCCAUCAACUGUCCCAAAACACCAAUUAGGGCAAGAAUUCAUACUAGUAAUUAUAUAUCAUAUGCGUAAAGUGAUAUAAACACUCUGGGAUCCGCCUUUUUUUCUG